AUGGUGGUCAUCUACUAUCCCAAGACACGUGUCCAACUUGUGGUGAGACUGAGUUCCUCAACCAAGUAUGGAUGCUACUUCUCUACCAAGGUAUGUUUGCCGGAUGACUACCGUAGAGACGAAAAGCUGAUUGGUCUUCUCGGAUCUCCCGAUGGCGAUUACUACAAUGACUGGAUGAACACCGAAGGAACCGGGCUUCGUGUCCCAGGAUAUGGCUUAUCCGAAAAGUCAUACCACUACUGUACAACAUACUGGUGCGUCAAGGAAAAGAGCAGUUCUCUGUUCUGGUACGAGCCUGGAGAGGAUUUUAAAAUGUUCAACAAGUGUGGCGACAACUACGAUGGCAGAAUUGAGAGUUGUGUCAAGACCCCGCCAGAGUGGCUCAAGAAAAUAUGUUACCUAACUGACAAGAGAUGCUUGUUUGAGGGGUGCGCUGGCGGACCAGAAGAAGCGAAGAAUGCCUUGGAUGCCGAAUACGAUCUCACCAAUGAAAAGGGUUGCGGAGAGACAGUUCUUGCAGAAGAUUUCAACGAGAAUGAUGUUCGCAAAUGGAAGUUGAUCGAGACAGAACCCGUAUCAGGCCAGACAUUCUUGGGCAGAUUCCACAAGUUCAGCAAAAAAGUCUACCAACAAUUCAGCAUCCCCGAUUUCACCGACUUUGUCACGAUGGAAUUCUUGCUCUACGAGAUUGAUGAUUGGGGUGCCCGGAACAGAGAAGCAAACAAGUUCUACGUCAGUUUCGGACUCAAACAUCAAUCUUUGAAGUAUGAGUUCUCUCUGGGUACAUUCGAAGAUCAAGAUGACAUGUUCCAUCCAGGAAACUCCAAGGUUGGUUACAAGAGCGGCAUCAGAUGGAAGAGACAGGCAAUCACCUGUGCGACCAACUUGGGCUACAACGCGGAGCACAAGGAUCAAAUCCACAAGGUGACAAUCAAUAUUCCCAAGUAUCACUUCCCACGAGGAAAGCUUGGGGUUACUUUCUAUGUUGCAAUGGAGGAAGACAAGUCUCAACUGAGUGCUGGUGUUGACGAGUUGAGGAUCAUCGCCCAACCCAGGAAAUGUGGCGAGACGAAGCGAAAGGACUGCCGCAGCGAUGGACAGCAAAUUGCUGCCAAGAAAUUUUCCGAGUCACAGAAAGAAGAAGAAGAAGAAGCAGAGGACCACAACACAAGAAGAAGAAACAAGAAGAAGAAGGGACGCAGGAGCUUGGGCGAUGCCGCUGAUGACUACUUGGGUGACAUUGAUGAGAACUCGGCAGUUAAUGCUGGUGUUGACGAUGCCAGUGCUCCCGUCGAAUGCCGCGUCGCCUUUGGCUACCACAGCCCCAAGAGUUCCGGCAGCUUCCAGGAUAUUCUUGGAAUGACGAGUGGAUUAACUUACAGGAAUGAAGAUAUUAGCUGGGGAUGGUCGAAUGGUCCUCUGGAGGCGUCGAACUAUGCCUACUCCAUGGAUCUUUACACGACAGGCAAGGGAUCAGCCGGCGAGCCUGGUCUCUUGGUAGGAAAGAUGACUGUUGAGUUUGAUGGCGAAGAGGCGACUGUAUCCAUGGAAGCAGGCGACCACAUGUGGUUGAAGGAAACGAAUGCCUACGUCGGUCAUGGCGUUGCCCCCGAGUUGGAAGAUGGCGUUCAAACCGUUGACCCAGAACAGUAUCCGAUCUCGUACGAUCGCAUGGCGAUGAGUAGGAGCUUCACAGUCGGCGACUUGGAAGACAAACCGAUUUAUAUCAUUGCACAGGCAACUGUUUGCGGAGUAUUCGAAGCAGACCCAACGCGUCCUUCUGGAGUCCGUGGUUCCAAUGACGAAACCAAGGAGUCAUCCUGGUUCACCGGGCUCUUUUAA